AUGAAUCCAACUACUCACGCGUAUGUUGCCCCACCUUCUCACCUACAGUUCAUGACGGUCGACUGGGUCGUCGAUGGUCGACGUGAACGAGUCAAAAUUGAAAAGAACGAGGCGCACAUGCGGCGCUUUGCUGAGCAAAUGCAGGAACAUGGCACACUUGCAUGGCAUGGGCUCACAACAUUCGCGGAACGCCUUCCUUUCAGUCAGAGUAUUACCAUGUCUCUAUACACACUAUCUGGUUGGUUUGGCUCUCUUCUAGGAUCGAUGCGUGCGCCGCUGUUCUCCACAGCCGAGAGUGGUGUGGUCGUGUUGGUCGGAGCACUCAUUGGCAUCAAUAUGGCACUGAUCACCGUCGUGACAGAGUGGGCAUCGGAUCUGAAACGAGGCUAUUGCUCUGCUGGCUGGUGGCUCAACAAAAGUUUUUGCUGUUGGGAACAGAUGGACCCGGCUGGCCCGGGUGCCAACCUGCCCAAAGGUGUAGCUGCUGUGGCUGCCGCUGCUGCUGCUGGUCUCGCGAAUUCAUCAAGCACGUCGCCGUCACCCAUGCACAAUGAAGUACUAGGUUUGCGUGCGGACAUAACAUUGCCUUCCUCAGCAAAGUCGGCUCAUACCUGCCCAGAAUGGGUCGACUGGGCAGAGUGGACGCUUCCUGCGUGGCUGGCUUACAUCACAACCUCCGCACUCCUGGCUGGUGCUUGUGCGAUCCUUGUCCGACAUUAUGCGCCCUAUGCUGCAGGCAGUGGUAUUAGUGAAAUCAAGUGUGUGCUCGCAGGUUUCUCCAUCCGUGGAUUCCUCAGCGCCAAAACGUUGUUGAUCAAGAGCUUGGGCCUUCCACUUGCUAUUGCUUCUGGCCUCAGCGUAGGCAAGGAGGGCCCUGCCGUGCAUGUCGCGUGUUGCAUCGGACACACGGCUGCAAAAGUUUUGCGCUGGCUUGUGCCGAGUCACUCGAAGCUGCGGGAACUACUGACGGCGUCGAGUGCCGCUGGAGUGGCUGUCGCUUUCGGCUCGCCAGUUGGCGGUGUCUUGUUUGCUCUCGAGUUCAUGAACCCGUAUCGCACAGGGAAACUUGUACUUUUCCAGGUGGAGUACAACCACAAUUGGUACUACUUUGAAAUUGUGUUCUUCCUACUGAUCGGUGUGUUCGGUGGUCUGUACGGUGAGUAUGUCGUGCGCUUCAAUCUGCAAGUGCAGCGUUUCCGGCGCAAGUUCCUUUCGCAGUAUGGCGUGCAAGAAGCAGUAGUGCUUGCCCUCAUUACUGCGAUGAUCAGCUACUUCAACCGGUUCAUGCAGCUCGACAUGACCAAGACGCUCGAGGAACUGUUCCAGCAGUGCGAUGGCGCAAGUGACGACGAUGCCUUGUGCCAAUCACGUAUGCAAUGGAGCAUGUUCACGUCGUUGUGUCUGGCGACAGGUCUACGAUUCUUCUUGGUUAUACUCUCAUAUGGAUGCAAAGUACCUGCAGGUAUCUUUAUCCCAUCGAUGGCCGUCGGAGCUACGUUUGGUCGCUCGGUGGGCAUUUUAAUCAAAGCUCUACAGUCAACAUUCCCUUCGUUGUUUCUCUUUGCUUCUUGUCCAGCUGAUGAGCCAUGCAUCAUUCCCGGCACAUACGCCAUGUUGGGAGCCGCUGCUGGGCUUGCCGGUGUCACACGCAUCACUGUUGCCGUCGUUGUAAUCAUGUUCGAGUUGACAGGCGCACUCACAUACAUCUUGCCAAUUAUGCUUGUUGUUAGCACGUCCAAGCUUGUGGCCGAUAUGUUCAGCAAGGGAGGCAUUUCUGACCAAUCCAUCAAAUUCAAUGGCUACCCAUUCUUGAACUUGGACGAUCAUGUCCGUGACAUGCCAGUGGGCGAGUUUGUCAAGUCAGUCCCGGAUGUAUUGUACGCUACCGGCAUGCCUUUGCAUGACGUGGAAGCAUACUUGGCCAAGUCAACAUACCGUGGCUUUCCAGUUGUUCAAAGUGAGUCGAACUAUAACCUUCUUGGCUAUAUUGAACGACAUCAUUUGCAAUAUGCCAUUUCAAAGGCAUACGCACAAGGUACUUUACAUUCUGACACCACCUGUCUAUUUCAGCCCAAAAGCACUGAGGCUUAUGCGCUUACCACGGCUCAAAUCCAGUCAGACCCGGCUGUUGGCACGAAUCUUGCCCCUGCGGUCCAUCUCUCAGAGGAAGAGAUGGAGAUUGAGGUCGGUCCGCUCCAACUCGGCGACUGGGUUGAUCCUGCACCACUUAUUGUGCAGCCACAGUUAGACCUAGAAGUCGUGGCCGACAUGUUCAAACGAUUGGGCCCACGGGUCAUUCUGGUUUGUCAGAACGGCCAACUUAUUGGCAUCGUAACUGUCAAAGACUUGCUGCGACACAUUGCAAUGAAUGAGCGUGUGGAAGCAGAGGGACCCAACAUGUCGAGUGCAAACGACACUCGUGGUGACACAGACUUUGCAGUGGGUACUGGUGAGUUGGAGCAAUUGCUGGAGACAUCGUGGACGUGGCUUUGUUCGUGUAUGUCUCGGAUGCCUUGGGUGCGGCGCUACGUGCAAGCAUCUGAAUUUGUCCCCCUCACUACAGUAACGACUUUGUACGAAAAUGAGUAG